GGAAGCAUCAUCAGUCAGACACUCUCAGUCGUCAGGUUUUAUCUCUUUCCUCCUCCUCCUCUUCUUCUUCUUCUCUUGUCAUGACCCAUUUCAGGAGCGACUGCCACCGAGACAGACACGCCGGGAUGAACGGCGAGCUGAGAGCCAAAAGAGGAAGCGGCGCCCCUGACAGAUCUGACUACGAGAUGGAGUACGACAGAUACCCUGAUGAACACUACAACAGGGUGUUUGACUACCAGCGUGUCCCCUCCUCAGUCCCAGCGGAUCCCAGUCCUGUCAAACGGCCCCGCCCUUCAUCUUCCUCCUCCUCCUCCUCUUCCUCUUCAACAGCAGUUCUGAGGACGAAGAGCAGCAGAGGUUCCAGCAAGAGCACCAACACACACACGUCCUCGUCUGACAGCAAAUUGAAGAUGGCGGAGCUGCUUGCCAUAAAGAGGGAGCUGACAGUGAUCAAGGUUCAGAUUGACGGCCUGUUGGACUGUGUGGACAAGAUGGACAGACAGAGGAAGGACUGUUCAGAUUGUCCUCAAGGCAGGGAGCCCAGUGUGUCGGACUCUCCUCACCGGGGUUCAGUCAGCAGCCUGGAGAGAGAAAGUCCUGAACCAGGAGAGGCCAGCGAGGACGAGCCGCUGCACUACCAGCACUACUACCCCCACAGCUACCCCCACAGGAUAAAGCAGCAUCAGUCUGAUCUGGAGGACGAUCUGUGAUACUGCAGCUCAGAUCCAUCCAGAAACAGAAGCUGGGAUCGGCAACAGCUGGGAUGGAAGACGCUCAGAGGAGGUGUUGGCAACAUGAACUGCAUUGACCUGACUCUCUUCCACCCCUGAAUCUGUGUCUUACCUGUCUGUCACUGUCAGUUUGAUUUUAUUCUGCUGCACCAUCUCAAGUUCUGGAUUCCAGUCGACAAAAUCUCCAAUGUGUUCCUGGUACAUCACUGAAUCUGAUGCUCCCUGCUAACAUACUGACACAUGGGACAAAAUAUUUGAACAUUUAAACAUGAAGCACCAUACCGUUACAAUUUCUAGAAGAUUUCAGGUCACCGUUGAUUUUAAUUACAGUAAUUUCAGAAUGCUAUAAGUUUGACUUGUAGAGGCUUGAUACUUUCUGCAGACCAAUUAUUUAUAACAGUGAGCAAUAUAUGUAAUUCAUUUUGGUUUUGAUGUAUUAAAAAUUAAUAGUGUACCUCCAAAAAAGCAUUUAAUUCAUGGGCUAUAUUUAGCAGUUUUUUGUUCUUCUAAGUUAUUUUAUUUUAGUUCUCAUUAUAUUAUAUUAUAUUAUAUUAUAGAAAAGGUGGUGUAAUAUUGGCCCCAUUUAUUGCUCUACCCUUGCUCCACUGUUGAACCCCCAUCUGCCUAAAUAAAAUCAGUGUGGCAGCAGCUGGCAGCUUCUUAUCACACAGUUUAUUUUCAUUAUUUUAUCAUUACGUGUAACCAGAUGUGUACAGGACGGCAUUAUACGGCUCUGUGGAAAGGGUUCAGUGAGCACAGUUUUAUGACUCUCUGGGUAAAUUACACUGUUUAAUUCACUCAGAAAUUCAGUGAAAAAGUGAGAGACUCUGACAAUUCCCUGAAAUGAAGAUUGAAUCUGAAUAAAAACUACAUGUUAAACAUAUAAAUGGGAAGAUAAUGGGAAGAAUAGCUGACUGAUUAGUGUAACUGCUAAAUUGACUUGGUUAAAGUCAGCUUUACCUCUCAGUUUUUGUAGAUGUUUGGUUCAAGUUAGCUGCUAAAACAGUUUGUUUUAGGUUCACCUAAUGAUUUAGUUCAGCAACUAAAACAAUUUGGUUUGGGUUAGCCAAUAGUUAACUACCCUAGAACAGUUGGCUUUGGGUUAGUCAGAAGAUUAAUAUUAGGAUAGUAGAUACAACAGUUUGCUAUAUGUAAGCUAACAGAACAGUUAACCAACCCAAACAGUUGGUUAGCUAAGUCAGUGUGACAGAAAUAACAGUUUGGUUAAGGAUAGCUAAUGGGUCAGUAGCUAAAACAGUUUGCUAUAUGUGAGCUAACGAAACAGGUAAACAGUUGAUUAGCUAAGUCAGUUUAGCAGAGAUAACAGUUUAGUUAAGGUUAACUAAUGGGUUAGUAGCUGAAAGUUUGUUAUAUGUAAGCUAACAGAACAGUUAGCCAACCUAAACAGUUGGUUAGUUAAGUCAGUUUAGCAGUAACAACACUUUGGUUAAGGCUAGCUAAUGGUUCAGUAGCUAAAACAGUUUGUUACAUGCUUGCUAAUUUAGCUCCUGGAGAAGGCAGUUUUGUUGAGGUUAGCUAAUGGAUCAGUUCAACAAAAAAAAAUAAUAAUUUGGCCACAUAACUUGAAACAGUUUGGUUUGGGUAAACUAUGGCAUCAGUUACGCAGAGCAAAUUGUUUGGUUCAGAUUACCUUCCUAAUCAGCAGUUAAAAACACACAUUCACAUUAGUUCAGUAGCUAAAACAGUUUGAUACAGGUAAGCUAACGGAUUAGUUAAAUAGAGAAAUGAGUAGUGUAUCAAAAAGAGAAAAAAGCAUGUAAUUUAUUUAUUUAUAAUUUAUUGAUUUGUUGGUUUAGGUUAUCUCACGAUAAGUUUGGCAGGUAAAAAUAUUUAGUUCAGGGUGGAUCAAUUAAAACAGUUUAAUUCACAUAUGCUAACAGUUUAGUAGUUUAAACAGUGUGCUUCAUGAAAGUUUACGGAACAGUUUACCAGCAUAAUUGGGUUGCUUACAGAUAAGUGUUUCAGAUUAUUUUUCGUUAACGUUAGCAGUUUAACCAGCUUGAUCCAGGUUAACAAAUGCUGCCCUCAAACAGGGCCGUGUUUACUGUGUUCACAAGAAGAGUCGAUAGAAAUGCCACCCUCUUUGGUGUUCGUGAACUUGAUACAUCCAUAUGUGUCCAUACAUGCAUCUGUACAACGGUAGCCGUCACUUUUGGCUACAGAAACAAGGCCUUUUCAUUUUUCUCUGUACAUCCAUCCAACGCUUAGAUGUUCCUUGUUAUCUUUGAACUAUUGGCCAGACAUUUGGUAUGAAUGUUCAUGUUCCCCAGAGGAAAAUGAGAAUGUUGUUGAUGCCACCCAAACCCCUAUGUUUGUGUUUACACCAUGUCCACCAUGGUUAAUGUAUUUCCUGUUUUGAGUCAUGGCACCACCGUUAAAUUUUACUUUAAAUUUUUCCUUUGCAAUGUUUUCAAGUGUAAAUUUUUGGCUGAGACACUUUGCAUCCCCUCACACUGCGAUGUGAGGGGAUGCAAAUGUCAGCCUACGUCACCACAGUUCUCUGAUGUUGGUUUGGUGUGUCUGGGCCUUUAUGGUAAUCAUGUUUGUUUCAUUAGAUUUUGGGUGACUGGUCUGAUGGAGAGCCAAGCCACCAAACUGUUGUCAAGUCAAAUCAAGACUUUUCCUCUACCAUGUUUACCCAGCUGGAUGGACAACUGUGACUGACUGUACAUAUGUUUAAAGCAUUCAUGUAAAAUAUUUGUUGGUUUAAAAAAUGACACUUGAAAAUAUUUAUGUGUACAUUAGUGGCUCUUUAUACUUGCACAACAUUUCAGACUUUUAAAAAAAUGUUACUAAAACACUUCAUUUGGCUUCACUGUAGUUUCUGCUGUUGGUGCUUAUGUGCUUGUCCUCAGUGCUAAAUGUAAUCUAUUUCAGUGUGAGUGUA